AUGGCUGUCAACAUGAACGGCCCGAUGGCGCAUCCGGGUCCCUCAUUUCACCCUACAGUCAACAAUAGGAAGGAGGAAUGGGAGGACUGGUUUGACGAUGAGCCAUUCACACCGAUUCGAGAGGAAGAGGAGGGUGAGCUUCCUUCCCUUACCCCAACCUUCAGCAGCCCCUACAACACCAACAAUACCAACUAUACGACGAAACCAUCAACACAACGUAUAUCGUCCUCGACAGCUCGCCUUUCCAUGCAGAGAAUCAGGCGUGUAAAGUCAAGUCGGAGGCAAAAGGCACAGAAUGCCAAGGCUGGCAUCACGUUAAUCACAGACAUGACAAAACUGAGGCAACAGCAAUUACAACAACAGCUCGCCAACCAGGAGGCCUUGAACAAAGGAAAAGGGCGGGACGGGAGUGGAAAGUUCGUGGACGCGGCUGCGCUAAACGCACUGGAAGGAAUGGCUUCAGACGAAUCUAUCGGCACGUUUGCUUGGCUAAGGAAGAAGAAGAGCAGCAGCCCAGCUUCAGCUACUCCGAUUGAGAGAAGGAUGGAUAGGCUAGCGGUAGACACGCCUACUGUGGCCGAGCUUUCACCAAGUGUUGGCGGCAUCAUGAUCGGAUUCGCCAUGCCAUCAGAUUCAAACGUCGUCAUCAGUCCACAAACUGCCGUCGUUGUGACACCGGUCGACUUGGACAGAUACUUCUCCCCGCCUCCCACAGCAAAACAGCCCGUUUCAGUCUGGUCACCAGACACUCCGGAUUCCCAAUUUACCAUCAGCUCGUACAGGAUAGCAGGCCCCAGUGCCGGCACCGUGCCGGCUGUGCCUGCGGUUCCCAACAAGUAUAGAGAUACCGGGGCAACAGAAUUCUAUUUCAGCGACAAUGAAGAAAAUUUGCUCACUCCAAAGGGAUAUGGAAAAUCAAGCCCGCCAAGAGUUACUACCACGGUCUACUUCAGCGACGAUGAUGACGACAUGGCCACUCCGGUCACUCUGUUUGAAGAGGAUGGAAGUCCUUUGGCGGUGCGACAGAGGUCUCUCACCAAAGCAAAGAGUCCCGUAUCUGCGACAUUAACCGUACAGUCACAACAAGGCUGGUGGGAUCAGAUUACUUCGCCAUUCACUCAAAGCCCGGUAAUGUCAAGAACCCCUGUUAGCAGCAUUCAAGAGGAGGAUGACAAACAGGACUGGUGGAAGAUUGGCAACAAUGGGUCUUUGUCUCCCAACAACAAUACCCUUGGUCAGGGGUCCUCGGGAAUUGCCGUGGAAGCAAAUCGGCCACCCAGGAUUAUUAUUCAGGAUGUCUCGCAAGUUGAGGCUUCUUCCUCUUCUUACAACCCCUUCGCGACAUCAUCAACGGCGACAGCAUCCUCCUUACCAGCAGCAGCAGCGAUGCCAACAACAGUACCGAUGGUUUCGCAGCCACAAUCCCAUGCCGAGAAGGCGCGCAUAUUGAUUGAGGAGAACGAAUCGACUCCAGCUGAAUUGCCUCCUCCGUACUCGCCCCCGAAGAGGAACCAAAACGUCCGAAAUGCCCAGAAUGUCGAGAACGUCCGAUACCGAGCCGUGUUUCCUUCCAACCAUCCGCUGAACUCCAUGUACCCACCUUCCCCAGGUCCAGUGUCUCCAGGUCUCGCGCAGACGAUGACCUCACAAGGCGCGAUCGAUUUGCCCUACGUUCCUGCCAGGCCGCCUCCCGUCAGACCUGCGUUUCAUCACGGAGACUUCCCAAACAGGGCACCCGCUUCCUUCGUCUCUGCUACUCAAAGGCUGAAGGUCGAGCAAAAACGGCGCCGCAACGAGAAGGAGGAAGCUGUGGCGCGCAAGAUCGGUGGAAUGUGGAGAGGACGUGGCUGUAUUCCAGAAAGCGGCUGCUUUGGCCGGGCCGGCCGAGAAGGCAGGAAGCGUAGGCGGUGGUGUUUGGCCGUCCUCCUUGUCACUCUCGGGUUGAUAGCGCUCGCUGUGGCGCUCGGGGUCGUCUUGUCGCGUCCCAAGGCUGGCAAGCCCGCCCCUUAUUCGCCUUGGCUUAACCUCACGGAUUACCCGCCGAUCCCGACGGGCAUUUCCACGGUUAUUGGCACCGAUUCUGUCACUGAUACAUCAUGUGCUCAGGACCCGCGCUUCUGGAGUUGUGCACUGCCCAGAGACCAAACUGCACAGGCGGAACCCUUUGCUGCCGAUCAGCCCAGCUUCAUUAUCCAGAUCCAAUACGACAACAGCACACAACAAGCGUGGAAUGUCACGGGCCAGGCAAUCCCCACGCCUAUUCCCACUCAAGAUGCUGAAGCAGCUGCUUCGCCAUCCCAGACUGGGAGCAACAAAAGCUCCGUUACUAAUGGUACCGAAGCAAACAAGACGAGGGGACAGCGUCCACAAUCGGGCGGCGAGCCGAUGGGCUUUAUUUCUGUCGUUAAGAGCCUUUUGCGUCGUCAAACCCAGCAAGCCCCGAGCCUUGGGUUCAUUCCGCGCCCAUCACCGCCCGAGUUUCAAGAUAUUUACUUUUUGGGAAACACAACCGACGGCAUCGUGUCACAGGAUAAGGCUGGAGAGCCGACUCCAUUCUACAUCAGCAUUCUACGAACUCUCGAUGAUUCUGUUGGGCCCAAUGCCCUCGCUCGUCGUGACGAAGACUCCGAUUCUGCCUCCAAUCAGCUAAACGAGCGGCAAUCCAAGAGCGGCGGCAUCGAUCUUUUCUUCAUUCCGCCUGUCCUGAAUCCCGACGGAACCGGCGCUCCGGCCGUCCUCAUGCCCUUCCCUACUCAACAGCCUCUCCGCCUCUUUGACCGCGGUUUACCGACCGAGCACUUCGGCUUCUACACCUACUACAACAAGAGCGUCUACCUCACCGGUGACGCCUCGUCAGACCGCGUCGGUGGCUCCACGGCCUUUGACUCCAAAACCAUCAUCACCUGGCUCUCUGCGCGAUACAAGGUGGAAAUCUGGACGCGGCAGGUCAACGCCACCCGUCUGCUGGGGUCGCAAUCCAACGGUGGGGCUGCAAGCAACAAUAGCACUCGUCCGGGGACUUUCCCAUACCCCAUCACAGUCACGCUGGAUACCCAUGGUGGAAUCCCAGGAAGGAAGUUUGCGUUUAGUCGUGGGGUCGGAGCGGGCGGCAAGAUUUUAAUGAAUGACACCAAGUUUAUCCUGAACAACAUGAACCAGACAGGUGAUUGGGUCAACCCCGGCGCGACGUUUGAUCCGAGCUUUGGAGGGAUGGAUGGAGGUACCGGAGGGUGUCAGUGCAGAUAUACCAACUGGGUGAAGCUGAAUGCAGGAGGUGCUUGA